AUGGCCUGCAUGAACUUCGUGACGGGCCUGGGCUUCAUCAUAUACGGGCUCGUCCUCUGCGCCCCACCCAACACCGCGCUCCCGCUGGGCCUGGUCAUUGUGGGAUCAUUCGCUUGCUUCACCUCCCUGUUCGGCCUCAUCGGAUCCUACUGCUGGCUCUGCUGCCUCACCAUGUACCUGGUGAUGGGAUGCCUGCUCACCAUGGCCCAGCUGGGCAUCAUCCUCUCGCUCUUCUUCAACCUGAAUGGGGUGGUGGCCAACAUCACGCUGUACAAGCUCAGCAUGAACCCCUUUUGGGAUGGGUACGACGGUGUGCGCAACGCCUGCCUCAUCGGCCGCUAUUUCUUCCUGGUGGCCCUCAUCCUGCAGGCAAUCGGCAUGAUAAUCGCCGUCUACCUGCGCGUGCGACGCCCCCCCACCUACGACGAGUACAAGGAGUUCGAGAACGACGCCGAGCGGCAGCUGCAGCGCAGCGUCCAGAACGCCCUGUCGCGCCUCACCGCCGCCUCACUGUACGCCAAGACGUCCUCCAGCAGUGUGCUCAAGAAGAUGUCGGCCAAGUACGGCAGCUUCUCACACGACGCCUCGAUCCAGCGAUCGUGGCUGUCCAGGACGUUCGGCAAGGGCCCUUAA